AUGGCUACUCCUCCUGUACUCGCUUUUGAUGCUGAGGGCCGCCCGGUGAAGUUUGACACCUGGCUCGAUGACCUGCACCUCUACCUACAGCUCACUGCCAAGGAAGAUAUUUCACUGUACGAUCACGCCCUAGGCCACGCUACUGCACCUCCUACUACUGCUGACAGCACUCAGCGCUCACAGUGGCAGACUCGUGACGCUCACGCUCGCUUUGCCAUUCGCAACUCCCUGCCGCUAGAUGAGCGCGAGCACUUUGGCCAGCACAAGACUGCUAAGGAGCUGUACACUGCUGUAGUUGCUCGUUACUCCUCGCCUGCUUCUGCCGCACUAGGCCGCCUCUCCCUCCCCUACCUGUUCCCCGACCUGGCCUCCUUCCACACCGUUGCUGACCUCAUCACCCACCUCAAGACUAGUGAGGCCCGCUUCCGCGCAACUAUGCCUGCCGAGUUCCUAGCUAACAACCCCCCCCCGCUCUGGCUCGUUCUCUACCACCUAGUCACCCGCCUCCCUGACUCUCUGCGCGCAGUGCCUCUCGUGGUGACCCCCGCACUCCUUUCUUUGAGGGGUGUUCCCCUUCCCCCCUCCUUCCCUCUGUCGCCUCUGCUUCUGCUGUCGACCUUCUUGGUGCUGAGAAGGUCGGGACCGCGUCUGCUUCGAGCGGGCGCCGCAGGACGAAGGGGGGCAAGGGUGGAGGUGGCGGCGGGGGCGGUAGGGGUGGAGGCGGUGGGGGUGGAGGAGGGGCUGGAGAGGCUAGUGGCGGCAGUGGGGGUGGUGACGGCAGCGGCGGGGGCGGUGGCAGGGGCGGGGGCGGCGGUGGGGGCGGAGGUGGUCGUGGCAGCGGCAGGGGAGGCGGUGGUCGCGGAGGUGGCGGCAGUGGUGGUGGCCGUGGAGGCGCUGGCGGUGGUCUGA